CCCUCCAUCCUCCUCCUAAUCUCCGGCCCUCUAUGUGGAUUAUCUCGGCUUCUUAUCCGGUGGAUCGUGUGUGCUGAGCCAGUCCGGGGCGGCCAGGGAUGAGAGUGUGCAGGAUGGUGCGGGUGGCCAGUGUUCUGGGUCUGGUGAUGCUGAGUGUCGCCCUGCUCAUCCUCUCCCUCAUCAGCUAUGUUUCCCUGAAGAAGGACAACCUCUUCACCACCCCGAAAUACGCCGGCUCCGGGGGGCCCCGAAUGUACAUGUUCCACGCCGGGUUCAGGUCCCAGUUUGCAAUGAAAUUCCUGGAUCCAUCAUUUGUUCCAAUUACUAAUUCUCUGACACAAGAGCUUCAAGAGAAACCAGCCAAGUGGACGUUCAACAGAACAGCAUUUGCACGGCAGAGGCGAGAGAUUCUCCAGAAUGUAGACGUAAUGCGAAAUUUUUCUUUGACCAAGAAUAGUGUACGAACUGGGCAGCUGAUGCAUUACGACUAUUCCAGUCAUAAAUACGUCUUUUCUAUCAGCAAUAACUUCCGAUCGCUUCUGCCGGACAGUUCACCCAUCAUGAACAGACAUUACAACAUUUGCGCAGUGAUAGGUAACAGCGGCAUCCUGACAGAAAGCCAGUGUGGAGCCGAAAUAGACAGUGCCGAUUUUGUCUUUCGAUGUAACUUUGCCCCAACGGAAGCUUUCCACAAGGAUGUUGGCCGAAAGACCAACUUGACUACUUUUAACCCCAGUAUUCUCGAGAAGUAUUACAAUAAUCUGCUGACCAUACAAGACCGGAACAACUUUUUCUUGAACUUAAAAAAGCUGGACGGAGCCAUAUUGUGGAUCCCUGCGUUUUUCUUCCAUACUUCGGCCACCGUUACGAGAACAUUAGUGGACUUUUUCGUUGAACAUCGAGAUCAGCUAAAAGUCCAGCUGGCAUGGCCUGGAAAUAUCAUGCAGCAUGUCAACAGGUAUUGGAAAAACAAACAUUUAUCACCUAAGAGAUUGAGCACUGGUAUUUUGAUGUAUACACUGGCCUCAUCUAUCUGUGACGAAAUACACCUCUAUGGAUUUUGGCCCUUCGGGUGGGACCCAAACACCGGGAAGGAUCUACCGUACCAUUACUAUGACAAAAAAGGAACAAAAUUCACCACAAAAUGGCAGGAGUCCCACCAACUUCCUGCCGAGUUCAAACUGCUCUACAAGAUGCACCGUGAAGGACUAACAAGGUUAACGCUGUCACACUGUGCCUAAAAACGAAGCAGGAAACAUGAAGUGCCAUUGUUCUAAAAGUGCCCAAAAGUAAUUGAAUAGUCAUCAAACACAAA